UAUGAUGUCUGUAGUAAAUCAUUCUAUCAGAGAUAUAACUUAGCUAGACAUAAGUCUAUCCAUGUAAAAGUGUGAUUAUAUUAUUGUCAAAAUUUAUUAAAACACCCAGUAAGAACUAAUAUUUUAAAACCAUUUUCUCUUCUAAAUCAUUGCUUAACUUUUGUGCCCUUAACUAUAAUAAUUGAACCCUUGACAGUAACCAUACAUGUUUCAAUUCCAUAUAACAUACUUCAUGGAUAUAGGAAAGAUACUGUCAUUAUUUUUAAUGUCUUUGGUAAAUAAUAAGACAGCAAACUGGCAGAAUUGUUAGCAUGUCUGGUAAAAUGCUUAUCAGCAUUUCAUUUGUCUUUAUUAAGUUAUGGAAAGAAACGAAGGAAAUGAUCAAGUUGAAGAUUGUAUUUUGAAGCCAAGAUGAAAGAAUCUUGGAGACUUUAGUAAAUUAACCUAGGAGCCUUACCAAGGAGGAGAAUCUGAAUAUUCUCUGUACAAGUCCCAUUUGUCAAACAUGUUGUGAUGCACAGUCAUAAGAGAAUUGGUUGAAUGAAGAAGAAUGCAAAUGCCAUGAAGCAUAGUCGAAGUAAUAAGCUCUGCAGCAAAAUCUGGACCAAAUUUGUUGAAACUGGAGACAUUCUUCAGUUCUUCAUCCCAUGUCUUCCUCAGUCUCUCAAUUCCACAUAUUCCAUCUACUUUGAGAGACCAGCAGUUCUUUAUGGAGCUAUCUGCAUCCUUCGGCAUCACAAUAUCAAACCAGUGCAGUCUUCUCUCUUGCACACAGCAUCUAAUUCCUCUUCCGCUAAAUUCUCUCUGAAAACACUAGAACUCUAUCAAAUAUGUACACUUACAUAACACACCCAGAACAGAAAACCAGCCUCAUUCCUUUCUAGAAAUGAAAUGGUUAAUCAUGAAUGUGAUGCUUCACCGACCCUGAAAUACUUAAGUCUCCCCCAUCUUAUUCACAAACACUAACGUUCACCUUAACACAUGAUAAUUACUACAUAUAAAUAAAGUAGAUUUCGUUCAACCUGUUGGAGGACUACUUUCCCUUUGUCAAUAUCUGCAUCCAGCUCUGCGUGAUUUGGUUGGUUCAACCAACAGCCAGCAUCGCGCAUAGAUACACGCUGCCUCCUGUCUCUUAUUGACGAGGAUGUCAAGCGAAUAAUAUGUAUAUUUGUGUCUCAACUCAAUCCCACGAAGAAACUAUAUAAUAGAAGAAUAUUCUAGAACUUGAUAACUAUCUACGGAUUAUUUGAACAUUUAUCAUGUUCCACAUUGUUUCGUAACAGAGUUCUGAGUUCUGUGAUGUCCAGUUUCAUUGCUCUUGAGACUCACUUAACCCUAUAAAAAGAGACAACUCCCUUCGCACAAUUUAAAUCUGAAGAAUCUAUUGAAGUAGAUGAAAAUAGAUUAAUGGAUGGCAUUGGCACAGAAAAAAUGUACGUUGCAUACAUCUGGAAUAUUUACCAUGUUUUUUGAAAACCAUAACGAGAAUGUUUUAGAGAGCAAAUAUGAUAUCCCAACUGCUAUAAAUAUAGGUUUGAAUUACUAUGAAAUAUUUCCUGUGAGCUGAGAUUUAUAGCAGCAUUUCUCCAUUUCAUUAUCAGGUGCUUUUGCAUUCUAAUUGAACUUGAAUAUAUUUGCAAAACAGUUUACACAAUUUUAGAUAUCCAUAACUUGAUAGCAGCAGAAAUAUUUCUUAGGAAUAAAUUAUAACAAAACCAAGAAUACGAAAAUUAUACGCUAUGUUGAGAAAAGAAGGAUAAGGGAAAAAUUUAAUACUUUGAAAAACUUGAAUGGUUGGAUUUAUUUGUAUCUUUUAGAGAAAUGGCAAACGCAUUGGGAUAUCAUUGUAAAAUUUGUGGUAAAUCAUUCUCUAGACAUAGUAAUUUGAUUCAACACAGUCCUGUUCAUACAGGUGAGAAGCCAUUUCGCUGUGUUAUCUGUGGUAAAUCAUUUUGUCACAAUGCUAAAUUAAGAAUACACAAUCGUAUUCAUACAGGAGAGGAACCAUAUCACUGUGAUACCUGUGGUAAGUCAUUCUCUCAAAACGAUAACUUAAGACAACACAUGCGUAUUCAUACAGGUGAGAAGCCAUUUCACUGUGAUACCUGUGGUAAAUCAUUCUCUUUGAAAGGUAACUUAAAAAGACACAAGCAUAUUCAUACAGGAGAGAAGCCAUUUCACUGUGUUAUUUGUGGUCACUCAUUCUCUACAAAAGAUUAUUUAAUUUCGCACAAAUAUGUUCAUACAGGUGAAAAGCGAUUUCACUGUGUUAUCUGUGGUAAAUCAUUCUCUAGGAGUAAUGACUUGACUACACACAAACGUACUCAUACAGGAGAAAAGCCAUUUCACUGUGUUAUCUGUGGUAAAUCAGUUUCUACAAAAGGUAGCUUAACUAAACACAUACGUAUUCAUACAGGAGAAAAGCCAUUUCACUGUGAUGUCUGUGAUAAAUCAUUCUCUCGAAUUGGUGACUUGACUAAACACAGACGUAUUCAUACGGGAGAGAAACCAUAUCAUUGUGAUAUCUGUGGUAAAUCAUUCUCUGCAAAAUGUAGCUUAACUACGCACAAACUUAUUCAUACUGGAGAAAAGCGAUUUCAUUGUGAUGUCUGUGGUAAAUCAUUCUCUGUGAGUAGUCAGUUGACUAGACACAAGCUUAUUCAUACGAGAGAACCACCAUAUGAUUGUGAUAUCUGUGGUAAAUCAUUCUCUGUUAUCUCUGACUUGUUUAAACACAAACGUAUUCAUACAAGAGAGAGACCAUAUCGCUGUGAUAUCUGUAGCAAGUCAUUCACUCAAAGGUAUGCCUUAACGAUACAUAAUCGUAUACAUACCGGUGAAAAACCAUAUCACUGUGAUAUUUGUGGUAAAUCAUUCUCUCAGAGGCCCAACUUAACUAUACACAAACGUAGUCAUACAGGGGAGAGACCAUAUCACUGUGAUGUCUGUAGUAAAUCAUUCUCUCAAAGAAGUAAAUUAACUAGACAUAAGUCUAUCCAUGUGAAAGUGUGAUUGUAUCAUUGUCAGAAUUCAUUAGAACACCCAACAAGAACCAAUAUUUUAAAACCAUUUUCUUUUCUAAAUCAUUGCUUAACUUUUGUGCCCUUAACUGUAAUCAUUGACCUCUUGACAGUAAUCAUAUAGGUUUCAAGUAUAAACAUGCUUUUAUAUAUAGUCGAUAUCACAUACUUCAAGGACAUAGGAAAGAUACUGUUGCUGUAUUUAAAGUCGAGAUUAAAUAAUAAGGCAGCAGGGUGGCAGAAUUGUUUGCAUGUCUGGUAAAAAUUCCUAUCAGCAUUUCAUCCAUGUUUAUAAAGUUAUGGAAAGAAACAAAGGAAGGGACCAAGUUGAAGAUUGUGUUUUGGAGCCAGAAAGAAAAGAAAGAUAUGGAAAUGUUGUUUCUUACACUCCCAAGAAGCAUAAGUUUGUGGAUAAACCAUUUCUCGAAUCUGUGGAGACUUUAGUAAAUUAACCUAGGAGCCUUACCAAGGAGGAGAAUCUGAAUAUUCUCUGUACAAGUCCCAUUUGUCAAACAUGUUGUGAUGCACAGUCAUAAGAGACUUGGGUGAAUGAAGAAGAUUGCAAAUGCCAUGAACCAUAGUCGAAGUAAUAAGUUCUGCAGCAAAAUCUGGACCAAAUUUGUUGAAACUGGAGAAAUUUGAGAGCAGAAGAUGACUAGAAAUUGAAAUCGAAAGGCUUUGGUAGCUCUUGAUUUUCAUCUGAAUCUAAAUUGGUGAUUCAAUAAUUGGCCACGAAAGAGUGAAAGGCAAAGUUGACCUCUGCAGAGUCUGAACGCAGAAUAUAAGGACAAAUGAAAUAUCACUAAGAAAUUUGCCAGCUUAUUUCCCCUCUUCCUUCAGAAACUGGCGAUAUACAUGAAAAUGAUGCUGAUUUUAUGCUGGGAAUUUUUUACAUUAUUUUUUUUCUACUUUUCUGAGUCUGUCUCUGAAAAUUGUUUUGCUUUUCUUCUGAAGAUGAAGGUAGAUAGGUCAGGUGUUAUUCAUGGUGAAGGCAAGAAGGCAUUCUUUCCCUGUAUGAAAACAACUCCGACCCAUUUACUACCCACAUUACAGCAACAACAUCAGGAACUGUGGAUGAGUACACACACACACACACAAACUAGCCUCCUCCUUUCCCUGCUGAAUUAUCCAUUAAAUAAAAGAGAGCAAAUUGUGACACUCAAGGAGGGUCAAGUGGUCAUAAGAAAGGCCCAAAAACGAAAGUUGCACUUUCAGAAAUACACACCUUCAUACAUUAUGUACGGAAUGGGCUUCUGUACUCAUUCCAGAUUCAUCCAGUCUUCAUUUUAUCUCUCAAACCUAUAGAUAUUUGCCAACAUGGUGAACUAUUCUGCAGGCAAUGUUGCAGUUGUAAGAGAUGAAGAUUAAUCUAAUCCCACUACUAGCCAGCAAAGCAACGACCGACUCUGCCAGACAGGAAUGUCAGUCAUGUGUGGCUGGAAUCGGGUCGAAAGAGAUGCUCCACUGUGGCUCUCAAAGUCUCAACACAAACAACAACAAUAAAAACAACAGAAUCAACAAAACUAAUGCAGUUUCACAGCUACCAACAACAAUAACCACAUAUGUGCUCUCUUCCACAUGUUACAUUACUUUUAACUACUUUUAGUAGCAUGGGCUACUAAAAGUAGUUAAAAUCAGAAUCUUUGGUUUAGUAGCCCACUACUAAACCAAAGAUUCUGAUUUGAAUUCUAGGCAGUGACCUGAAUAAUAAUAACAACAACAUUGAAAAAUACCAUGGGAACGAGAACCCAGGUUCGAAAAUUCCCCCAAGACACCUGAUGAAGGCUGGAGAGUAUAUCAGCCGAAACGUUGUGUUAACAAUAAACAAGUUAUAGACAAAUAUCCGUCAAAUAUAAAUAGUGUAUAUAAUUCCUCAUGUCUCAAAUAUAGAACUGUACUUGUAAAUCUAUAUUAAAAAUAGUUGUGUUACAAGUUUCCUAUGUUAUAUCUCCAGGAAUUGCUUGUAAGCUGAGAAACGUUUGAAAUUGUGGAAGAGCUACAUAUUACAUCGUAAUAGAUGAGUCUACCAGCACAGCAGAUGAAUAUAUUGAUGAGGCAUCUAGCCUUUUGAGUUAAACUGUAGAAACUCAUUUCCUGCACGCGCAAUCUCCCACAUGUGACUCACGUGUCUGUUCACCUCAACACAAGAUAUAUCAUUCUCAAAAUGGCCGUUCUCCUUACGCAUAAACAUGCAUACUGUAAUACAAAUAUUAUAUGUUACUCAUUUCAGUGCAAAAGCAAAAAUCAAAACUUUCUUUGUAUAUAAGCACUUUUUUGUAUCAAACUACAUGCUUCCACCACAAAAGGUGAUCACAAUAAACAAUAUAUUUAUACACAAAAAUGUCUUAUUGUUUUUCUAUUUAAUACCACGCAUUUAAACAGCCAACGAAAGCUGCUACAAAACGGUAUGUAAUUAUGGUUCAGCUUCUUGUCUUCGAUAUCAUACACCUCUCUUCAUACAAGUGGAACAUUUGCUAUCUAUAGACCAAUACAUUUUCUACUUAUCAUUAGAAUUUUUUUUUUCUUUUUGGCGACCGGGUCUUCUCCUGAACUCAAUUGGUGGAAGCAUGCAACAAUAGCGAUGAAACUAAUUUGUGCUCUCUAUUUAAAGUCCAGAUGAAAAAAUUCCGGAAGGGAGAGGAAAGUGCAUUGAUUGAUUUGUUGAUUAAAAGCCAUUUACCACUGUCUCGUAAAAUAGGGGACAACCAAUUAGCGACUUAAUACUACAAUCAAAUAUUUAAUCCCAAAAGUAAUGGUUCGCCGACCCUGGAAUACGUAGGUUGCCCUGUCUUAUUCACAAACAUUAACGUUCACCUUAACACAAGAUAGUUUUAACUAUUUAUACAUUUGUUCACUUUUUGGUUGCUAUAGCGAAGGUGUAAGUCGUUUAACAGUAAGUUGACUUAUUUAUGUUAAUUCCCUCAUAAUUUUAUUUCCUUUUCUAACUACCAAACACACCUAAUGGUCAGUUUCGUUGAUA